AGUCUAAAACCACCUGUUCUCGAACGUGGAGGUUCUCUCAUCUAAUCGUCUGUGUCGUUUGUGAUCAAUUGAAUUGGUUCCGUACGAUCGAACGAUCUCCGUAACAAUGGAGAGAUUGAAGAAGAAACGGAAGAGGGCCGACAAUCAAAAGAAAGUGUUGCUCUCGAUCGUCGAUCCCUGGGACGUCAGAGUGGCCAGUGUCGAUCCAGUCGGACUGGCAGAACGACGAGGCGUUUCCUUGUCGAUCUCACCGCCGCAACAGAGCAACGGGAACAAGCCAGAGGAAUCGGUGUCACCGGGUAGAAUAGUCAGGAUCCCGUCACCCUGGUACAAGCCAGCGCACAGCAACGUUUUGGAACAACUCUCCGCUGACGGAGCUGGAGUUGUUGAAACUAGCUGUGGUGAACCGACCUGGGUGGAUCCUUGGCACUCGUCCAGGUCACCGGUAAGCGGAGGACAGUAUCAUCCACUGGAAAGGCCGCAAAAUCCAACGAGAAAGAAGGUGUUGAACGAAGGGAAGAGCCCGAGGAGAAGCGGUGGCCUCCGAAAUGAUCAGGAAAUUCCAGACGGCAAUGGGUUAAUCGGCGCGACACCGGAAAUCACGUGCAACGAUGUCGAUCACGGGCGUAGUAGUGGAACAGUUGGAAGAGUAGUGCGUUUCGUGAACGAAGAACGUCCUAGGAGCUCCACUUGGGGAUCACGACUGGACCAAAUAAAUCGUGCACGCAAAAUAAAUAAUCUGUACUCGUCAAAUACGAUCCAUUUACCGAGCGCAAAUCACGAGAGCGAGAAUUAUAAUUCUACGAGCGUACGGGGAGAGCUUCUACGAGGAAGAACAGAGGACUCUGCGGUGGAUGUUGAUGGGAAUGACGAGGAGAAACUGUGCAUGUUAACCAAAAAUGAUGAGAAGCUUGGUCAUGGAUUCUUCGAAGACGAAGAGCUUGUGAAUGUCGUGCAAAAUUUAGUAAACUCGAGAUACGCCGAAGGUGGCGGGACAUAGCGAAAGCGAAACUGUUACGCCCGCAGACAAAAUUACGGAAACUACAAAAAUUCCCAAUUACAGAAAUACUGAAACGAGGGGUCAUCAAGAGGCCGCGAUACUUCGCCCCAAUCGAAUUCGUAAAACGAGCAUCUCGAUGCCUAGUAAUCUGGACGAAAUGGAGAGUUUACGAAUCGAUAGGCAAAAGGGAACCGCCUCGAAGUUCACGAGAUCGGAAAGCGACGACAGCAGCAGCGUGACAUUCAGUAACAGUGGUUCAACGCCCAAUGGAAGUCCUCUUGGUUCUGAGACCGAGGAAGAGGCGAACGACGAAGUGUUGGCCAAAGUGCCGCUGCAAGCUCCUCCGCGAAGAAAGAGCAGAGCCAUGUCGCCGAUGAUAAGUGAAAAAUUAGGGAACGACCCGAUGGAAUUUUCUGGAGCGCAGAGCGUCAACUCCACGAUAACGAGCGUUAACAGCAUCAGCAGUUUGCUGAAGGAGAAACUUCAGCUGUCGAUUCCUCAGGCUCUGCGCAGCAGUAAGAAGAGACAGAACGCUGAUUACCGACUUCGAGCUUUCGUCGGAAUAUUAUUCCUCUGCGUCGUUUUCCUCGUGGGAUUUGCGCAUAUUUAUUACACUCAACAUGUUCUUCAACGAGCUUAUUUCGAAAAUUUUAGGUUCAACAGAAACGAGCGAGUGAUGCACGUGUACAGCAGCACCGGGGCAGAGGUGAUCGCAGCGCGUCUUGGCAACGAUAUACCAGCCGACACCGGUGUUUUCCCCUGUCUGUCUCAUUACCAGAAGCAAGACUCAGUUUGCCUGGAGUGGCUUCAACAGGCACGCUUGUACCUCGCGGACACGAAACACGCGGACAUGCACUGUUACCACAUCGCCUGGCAGAGCUUGAGCUCUUACUACAGUCCGAAAGAUUGCUUCGACUGGUCGCCGAAAAGGGGCCAUUGGUACGGCGGAGGCCAAGUGCAAAACAUGCCCUACCCGCUCGAACGUGGACGACUCGAUUUAAGUCCCUUCAUCACCGGCGACAUUACCAAACAUCCUUUCGGCAAUGUGCUGAAGAGAUAUUUCUUAAACUCGAAAGGUGCCACUAUACUGGUCGAUCCAGAAACCCCUCUCUACGUGUCCAUUAACGCGAACAGGAGCAACAAUUUCUGCUUGCAAGCGAAGCACGACGCGUUUGCGUACAUCAAUCACCUGACGCCAUUGCCUCAGUUGAAUUACACGAUCUGUGCCACCGACAACAUGAAGAUCUUGCAUUCUUCCAUGGCCGAGAAGUCCUUGUGGGAUGGCUUGAAACCGGACGAGCUGAACGCGGUUCACUCGCUGUUGUCCGAGCCAGUCUGGCAAAUUUCGCCCACCAGUGAGGCAGCAGUAUACAAUUACACGGAGGAUGUGAUCGCUCUGGGCUUCCUGAAGCAAGGACACGUUUUGUUGAGCGAGGAGUGGCAACCUAGUCCUGGUGAUUUCGUGUUGGACGAGGAGAGAUUCACCUCGAUGGAAGAGACUAUUAAUAUUAUCCACCGUCGCGGGUUCAGGAUCGUGUUCACUAUACAGCCGUUUAUAUCCACGGAGUCCACUAAUUUUCGAGACGCGGUGUCGAACAGGCUACUGAUCUCCGAGAGAGGAAGCGAUCCUAGGAUACCUGCUUUGACCAGGUACAAACAGAGUAACAGCGUGGGCGUCCUGGACAUCACGAACAACAAGACCCUGCCUUGGCUGCAGUCCAAGCUGGAAAGUCUGAUCAUGAAAUAUCACGUGGACUCGUUCUACCUGGAUUUAGGCACUGCGCAGGACAUGCCUCACUACUACAAGUGCGAGCAACCGCUGACAAAUCCGGAUCACUAUAAAACGCUAUUCACAAAGUCGAUUUUGGGAUCCGUGCCAGUGAUCGGUGUAUCAGGUGCGAUUUCCAGGCCACGUGCACCUGUCUUCGUUUCCCUCCCGCCGUUCUCCUCCUCCUGGAAAGCAAUCAAAACAGUCAUACCUACAGUUCUCACUUACGGAAUGAUUGGUUAUCCGUUUAUCAUGCCAGGAGCUGUCGGCGGAGACGUGGCCUUGCCCAUGUCCGACAACAAUCCUGACAACGACUUCGAAGUGAAUCUACCAGACAAGGAAUUGUACAUCAGAUGGCUGCAGCUGUCCACGUUUCUACCAGUGAUACGUUUCACUCAUUUGCCAAGUAAAUACUCGGACGACUCUGUGCUGGAGAUUGCCAAGAGAUUGACGGAACUAAGGCAGAAAACGGUGACGCCAAAGUUAAAGAAAUACGCGAAGGAAACGCUUAACACCGGACUGCCGAUUAUCCGACCGUUGUGGAUGCUGGACCCGGCGGAUCCCGCCUGCCACGUUGUCGUCGAUGAAUUCUCCGUGGGCGAGGAGCUGAUCGUAGCGCCUGUACUUUACUCCGGUAGCAGGCAGAGGGAGGUUUAUCUGCCUGCAGGAGUGUGGCGAGAUGGAAUCGACGGUAGCCUUCGAAAAGGAUCCAGGUGGAUUCAUAAUUACAGAGUCGCCGAGGACAAAGUUGCAUACUUCGUGAAAAUGCCGGAUAACACGAGAUUUUAAAAUUGAUUCUCAACUUUGCAUGCAUGGGAAAAGAGUGAUCCUGUUGAAAGUUUUGAAGAAGAGCGAUUUUACAUGUUUACGAAGAUGAUGAUUUUAAGAACCGGACCUAGAAAAUUAUUUUAUUUAUCAGAUCUUCUCCAAAUUUUUCAUAAUAAUCCGGCGAUCCAUUGCAAUUUUGAAGAUUUUAAAGAUCGAAUGAGAAUCGAAAAGAGAUUGCAGGCAAAGGACAAGAAAUAUAGGAAAAUUGGGACCAAAAGAAUGUCGAAGCACUUCCUCGCUUGGAUCGCUUCGUUUUACGAAUUUACAGUUGAGACUGCGAAUGGCUGACGAAGAAUUUCAUGGACAGCUUUAAGUUUGUCACCUUGAAAGUAUUUAUUUCUUUAUAUAUCAAAAUAUAUUUAUUUUAUUUUAAUCGUGCGUGUUUCAUUCAUAAAAUCUCACGUUCUUUCAGACUCGAAUUAUUAAAUAGAAGAUAGAGA